AUGUUGAUGCACGCUCAAGCAGCUACGAUAUUCCUAUUCUGUAUCCAGUAUUCUCUAGUUAUAAACUACUUGUUCCGGUUGUACUUGAUAGUUGAUCAUACUCACUUCCUUAGGAAACCUAAUCUGUUUCCUAUUAUCUGUGCUGUUAUUGUAUUCUUUUUUUCUUUCGUAUCAUCAGUAACAUUCCAAAUCGGAUAUAGUGAGUUUGACCCGAGUAGCCUUCCGUUCAAUCUUUCACAGGAGCAAUUGGAUUACAUGUCUGCGAGGACAGUUGGAUCUUACCAUCUAAAGACUUUCAGACAAAUAUUCUAUCCGGUUUAUUUCGUUUUUGCGGUUCUGCUAGUUUCAGUAAUGAUUGUAUUAACUGCAUUUGAGAUAGUUCGCACUAUUCAUAAAAAACAAAGCCUUAUGUCUACCGGAGCAUCCAGUCAUCAUCUGAGAGUGCUAAAGGUUCUAACGAUCCAGAUCGUUUGUACAAUAUCAAUAUCUUGCUGUACUCCUCUCGCAUUAGCCUUCUCGUUUUUGAUCCCUGUAAAUUCAACUGUAAUUUAUAGUUCCACGUUAGUGUUGGGUACUAGCUCUCCGGUCCAGUCUGUUCUCACCAUCUGUUUGAACCCAGUUUCCCGGAAAACUGUUCUGACUCUCAUUGGCUUAGACAAACCUAAGUCACGAAAGAAUACUAUCCGAGUAGAUGCGAAGUAG